AUGUCCAUGUUGAAGACAACAGUCAUUGUGCCUUCUGGCUGCGACCCUUUUGCCACAGUCUGUUCGGGCGAAGAUUGCCUUGUUCCUCCGAGUAACUUCAAUGCAGUACUGAGCACCGUGUUGAGCACAGUGCUCACUGUGAUGCUUGCUAUGGUCAUGUUCUCCAUGGGUUGCACAGUGGAUGCCGACAAGCUGUUGGGUCACAUCAAGAAACCCUGGGGCAUUGUCAUUGGUUUCCUCUGUCAGUUUGGUAUCAUGCCCUUCACAGCAUUUGCCUUGUCCCUCGCCUUUGGAGUGCUGCCUGUGCAGGCUAUCGUCAUCAUCAUCAUGGGGUGCUGUCCUGGAGGCACUGGUUCGAACAUUAUCUGCUACUGGCUCGAUGGAGACAUGGACCUCAGUAUCAGUAUGACAGCCUGUUCUUCUAUCCUGGCCUUGGGCAUGAUGCCUCUAUGCCUGCUCAUUUACACCACUACCUGGACAUCCAGUGACACCAUCCAGAUUCCAUAUGACAGUAUUGGUAUCACUCUAGCAGCCCUUCUUAUCCCGAUUGGUUUUGGAAUGUAUGUGAAGCGCAGGUGGCCUCGCCAGGCAAAAAAAAUCCUCAAGGUGGGGUCCAUCACUGGCUUUGCUCUGAUUAUCAUCAUAGCUGUGGUUGGAGGAGUCCUCUACCAGUCCUCCUGGAACAUUGCUCCCUCCUUAUGGAUAAUUGGUACCAUCUACCCCUUUAUUGGAUUUGGCCUGGGGUUCGUUAUGGCCCGCUUUGUGGGACAACCCUGGUAUAGAUGCCGGACCAUUGCACUAGAGACGGGCUUCCAGAACUCCCAGCUGUGCAGCACCGUGGUUCAGCUGUCCUUCAGUCCCGAGGACCUGGAAAUCAUGUUUGCAUUCCCCCUCAUCUACAGCAUCUUCCAGCUAGUCAUGGCAAUCGUGUUUGUGGGAGUCUACCAGGGAUAUAAAAGGUCAUGCAACCACGGCUCAGCUGAUGACGACCGUGAGGCUUCAUCUUUGGAGGAUGGUGACACUGAACCAGAAAAACGAAAGGACUUCGCUCUAGAAAAUGAUGCCUUUGAGUCCGAUGAAAAUUGCAACAGCAAUGUGAAGGGCAAUGAAAAGCACACCAAGCUGUGA